AUGAGUCAAAAGGUAGAAAAACCAGUAUUAUCGGGUCAACGGAUCAAGACCAGAAAAAGAGAUGAGAAAGAGAAGUAUGACCCUAACGGGUUCCGCGACGCUCUGGUCCAAGGACUGGAGCGCGCGGGCGGCGAUCUGGAGGCGGCCUAUAAGUUCUUAGACGCGGCUGGCUCCAAGCUUGACUAUCGCCGAUAUGGCGAGGUCAUUUUCGAUGUUCUUAUUGCCGGGGGGCUAUUGCUCCCCGGUGGUUCGGUGUCGAUGGAUGGAGAGACACCGAAGACAAACACUUGCAUCUUCAACGCUAGUGAGGAAAUGGAGUCAAUGCACAACUUUGAACAGGUAUUCGUGAAACUAAUGCGACGCUAUAAGUAUCUGGAAAAAAUGUUUGAAGAGGAAAUGAAAAAGGUGCUGGUGUACAUUAAAGGGUUCGAACCUCUGCAGCGCAUCAAACUGGCAAGGAUGACGGCGUUGUGGAUAUGCAACGGAUGCGUCCCACCAUCAGUACUUCUAGUGCUGGUGAAUGAGCACCUUCUGAAGGAAAACGUAGCUUUGGAAUUCGUGCUCGAAGUAUUCGUAACAAUGAAGAACGAACGCGGAGUUACUUCGUUAGUUACUGCGUUGAAGAGGGGACAACUUGAAGGCAGACUUCUGGAAUUCUUGCCCCUAAAUCGUCGCAGCGAGGAAUCUCUAGCCACGAUGUUUGGUGCGCGGGGUCUAGGCGAAGUUGUCCGCUUGCACCGGGCCCAAGCUUCGCAGGAAGCUCGUCGGGAACUAACUCGUGUUCUUGAUGAGGAGCUAAAUGAUGAGAAACCAGUGAGAGACAUCAUACCAGAUCUGAGAGACAUGGCGCAGAAGAAUGACAUACCAGACCAUGAGGUGGUCGCGAUUAUUUGGCAGUGCGUGAUGGCUCGUGGUGAGUGGAAUAAGAAAGAGGAACUUUUAGCCGAACAAGCUGCGAAACAUUUGCGCCAAUAUACGCCGCUUCUAGCUGCGUUUGCUCACUCUGCUAAGGCUGAAAUUGCUUUGCUGACCAAGGUCCAAGAGUAUUGCUACGAGAACAUGAACUUCAUGCGCGCGUUCAGUAAGCUGGUUGUGAUGAUGUACAAGAGUGAAGUGGUUUCCGAGGAAGUGAUCCUGCGCUGGUACCGCGACCCCAACUCUUCCAAGGGCAAGCAUAUGUUCCUCGAUCAGAUGAAGAAGUUUGUCGAGUGGCUACAGAGCGCUGAGGAGGAGUCUGAGAGUGGUGAGGACGAAGAUUAA